GAAAUGCUGACAGAGUUCUUAUAUUUUACUUUUUUUAAUACUCUUUGAUCCUACAAGUAAUGUCACAAAAGUGACAGAGGUCUUAAGAAAUUGUAGUAGUGAAGUGUGGAAUUCAAAGGGAGAGUCUUACCCGUUUGCUAAUUACAGCAGAGGAGAACAGUAUACCUGUAACUUAGGCUGCUCUACACAGUUUUACUCAAAAAAGACAAGAAUGCUUGAUGCAGACAGAAGGGAUAUGCAAGAGAAGCAACUUUUGAACCACACGGCUGACAAGGAACAGCAACCAUUACCUGGAGGAAGCAACCGUGCUGGAAACCUGUCUCAACCUCAGAAGAAACUCCAAGAGGCUAUUUGUGUGCUGCUGGUGGAACUGUGUGAAAGAUUCACAUUCUUUGGCAUUGUCUGCAACAUGAUCCUCUUCUGCACUGUUAAACUUGGCUAUCGCAACUACCAGGCAGCUAUUGUCAAUAUGUGCUUUGUAGGCACCUCCAUGUUGACGCCAGUCCUGGUUGGGUGGCUUGCCGAGUGCCUUGUCGGGAGGAUCAAACUUGUGUGCAUCUGCAUGUUUCUACACUUCUUAGGCACAGCACUAUUACCUGUUGUGGCAUUCCCCUUUGAAGAUGUUUAUAUUGACAGAAGACAUAUUCUUCAUACACUGACCAAAAGGGAGCAAAAAAUAGUAUUCUACUUUGCACUACUCAUCGCUAGUCUGGGAAUAGGAGGCAUAAGGGCUAUAGUUUGUCCAUUAAGUGCAUACAGCCUUGAGGACUGUGGACCAAAGGAACUUCUUUCUUUUUUCAACUGGUUUUAUUGGCUGGUUAAUUUAAAUUCAGCAGUUGUCUUUGUCAGCAUUUCUUAUAUCCAGCAGUCUGUGGCCAGAAACCUUGGUUUUCUUAUCCCAUUUGUGUCCAUGCUUAUGGCUAUAAUCACAAUUCACAUGGUGCGGGGUGAAAUGAUUUACAAACCCAAAACAGACAGUUCCCUGCUGACAACUUUUGGGGUAAUUGUUAGUGCACUGAAAAUGUCCUACGUGCGAUACCGCUACUUUAGUGGAGGCGUGACAAACUGGCUAGAUCAUGCCAAGGAAAACUAUGGUGGUCAGUACAGUGAGACUCAGGUGGAAAGCACAAAGUCACUCACCAGGCUCUUCCCAUUGUUUACUUUCCAGAUUCUAUACAGAAUGUGUAUAAUGCAGAUUCCCUCAGGAUAUUAUCUCCAAACCAUGAAUUCUAACUUACACUUCAGUGGAUUUGUCUUGCCAGUUGCAGCAAUGAAUGUGAUAAGCAUUGUGCCACUACUGAUUCUUGUUCCUAUUUUGGAAUGCAUUAAUUCAAAUCUCUUUAGUUCCAAGGACACUGGACAUUCUCCAACAAUUUACAUUGUUGUAGGUCAGUUUUCUGCUGUACUUUCCGUGAUGGUUGCUGGCUUCUCUGAAAUACACCGAAAGCAUUUCCCUCAGGUGGAGCAAACACUUUCUGAGGAGGUUCUUCUGGUCUCCUCCAUGCCUUGCUUCCACUUGGCGCCUCAGUACAUCCUCCUUGGAGUUGCUGAAGCCUUGGUAACUCCCUCCUGUUCCUUACUUUCAUUCUGGCUUGUGCCAGAAAGAAUGAGAGGGAUUUCCAUGCAUUUUUUAACUCUCUUUAAUGGAGCUGGCUGCUUUAUGGGAGCUUUCUUUGUUCAGACAGCCCAUGCAGGCUCUCAAGGCAACUGGUUUCCACACUUGCUGCAUGAAGGUAAAUUGGAGAGAUUCUUCUUCUUCUUGGCUUCUCUAAUGAUGGUGAACACCCUGGGUUUCUGGACCAUCGCACACAGAUACAACAAUCUGAAUCAGAAAUACACCAGUGAAUUCAGAGCAAGUCUUCCUGAAGAAAAACUUUUGAAGGGUGGAAAAGGCAUCAAGCAUUAUGGUAGUGUCCUGGAAAGAUCUCCCAUUUUACCUCCUAUGGAGAAAACCUAAUAAAAUUUCACCCUUGUUUGACUAAAUUUUGAUUAUGCUAUCAAGCAGCUUUCUAAUGGUAAAUUACCUAGCGUACUUAAAGUGGUACUGGCAAUGUAUUUAUUAAUUAUCUUAGGAAAAUAAUGUUAUUUUUAAGUUUACAAAAUAACAGUCAUCAUGGGAUUUGGCUUUGUAGAAUGCUUGCACAGUUAUAAUGCACAUUGAGGGCAAAGAGAGCUCACUGCUUGGCAUGGUUGAUGGAUAGAGGCUUUUAAUAUCUCUAGGGAAAUAGACAGGUAUCCACAUGUAUUUGUACUUAGUAAUGGUUCAGAAUUAACUCAGAUACACGUUAGUUUAGUAAAUUACUUUGUGACAGUGUAACUUAAAAAUAUUUUUGGAGUCUGGUAUUGCUUGGUUGAUACUUUAAAAGAUUUUUGUGAUAUUCUAGUCUUUUCUACUUAUCUCCUACACAGCCUCCAGCAAGUUGCUUCUUUACUUUAGUUUCCCUGUCAGUAAAAUGGAUGGAGCUGUACUAACCUUCUUUGCAAAACUGCUUUGAGAUCUACCAAAAAUAUGUUACAAAGUACAUAUUGGUAUUAAGUCCAUAAAGUAUGUCAUGAAACAUUUAUGCUGGGGUAUCUAGUCUUUUAUUUGCAGAAGCGCAGUGAGAUGUGUCAUUCCUAAAGAUUACUUGCAGAAAAUUGUGAAUAGAACAACUGGAUAUUAGAAUUUAUUUACAUCAAACUUACUAACUGUAGCCCGCUUGAAGGGGGUAAAGACAAUUAGGAAAAAAAGACUAGGGAAAGUAGAUGCAGCUGGAAAAAGGGGGAAAAAUAUUAGUAAAACGCAUUCCACUUUAAAGAACUAAGCAGUGUUAAACACUCCCCAAAUUGGCUCACUUAAAUAUUGCAAGUUAUACUAAUCUAGCACUUAACUUUUUUUUUUUAAGUGGUAUUAAUAAAAAGAGUGAGGAUACAAGUGGGGUUUCUAUGUGCUGAAGAAACAUAUUGAACCCCAAAACUAAAGGAGCACCAUGAUACCAAGAUGUUUAUAUUGGAAGUCUCAGUCAAGCCAGAACGCUUGCUAGAUAUGAGCAAUGCUCUAUCACAAGAGAAAAUACAUUAAAGGAAUAUAAUGCACUGAAGUGACACAGGGUAGUUUGUGAGCUGAAACUAUGAAAGAGCUGGUACAGGAAAUCAUUUCUCCCCCAUUAACCAUAUUUAAUGCUGUAUGUUUGGGUUGGGAGUUGCAGGAAGGGAAGCAAAACAUAGUAAAUACGUCUAAGAAGUAGAAAGGAAGGCAGUCAGGAGCUGUUAGUUUGAUUUCACUAGUAUUUAAUGUUGGGGGUUUUGUUUUGUUUGUAUUUUGUUUGGGGUUUUAAUUUAAAAAGAAUAUUUAAAUUAAUGAGAUAAAAGGAAUAUUGAAUAAAAUGCCACACAGAUGUAUCAAA